AUGAUUUUAAAUGCUUCAAAUGAUCUUCCAUCACCAGUGACGGCUCAGAAAUACCGUAUGGAAAUGCUCUAUGAGGGACCACAUGACGAUGAGGCCGCUACUUGCGAUCCAAAUGGACCCUUGAUGAUGUACAUCUCAAAGAUGUUGCCCACUUCCGGCAAGGGACGUUUCUACGCUGUUUCUCAGGUCUCAGGUCGCGUCUUCUCAGGAAAGGUCGCCACUCGAAUGAAAGCCCGAAUCCAAGAACCCAACUAUCCGCCCGGAAAGAAGGAAGACCUCUACGAGAAGACCAUUCAGCGCACCAUCCUCAUGAUGGGCCGCUACACCGAGCCAAUUGAAGACAUUCCAUCCGGAAAUAUUGCUGGUCUCGUCGGUGUCGAUCAAUACCUCGUCAAGGGAGGAACAAUCAUCACCUUCAAGGACGCCCAC